AUGCUCUCAUUCUUCGGCACCAGUGCCACCAAUAUGCGCCAGCAGGUCGGCCAAGCCUUAAAUUUCGCGCUCGUUCUUUCCACGGCUUUCAUGCUAUGGAAAUCCCUGUCCGUAUUCUCCGCGUCGAGCUCCCCGAUCGUGGUCGUGUUGUCCGGGUCGAUGGAGCCCGCGUUCCAACGUGGAGAUCUCCUCUUUUUGUGGAAUAGGAGUCCGCGGGCGGAUAUUGGGGAGAUUGUUGUCUAUAACGUGCGAGGCAAGCGCGCAAAGUUCCCCCGGGAUUCGGCUCCCAAUUCGCAUAUGCUCCUCACCAAGGGCGACAAUAACCCGUCAGACGACACCGAGCUCUAUGCGCGUGGCCAGGACUACCUCAACCGGGAAGAGGAUCUCGUCGGGAGCGUUCGCGGAUAUAUCCCUUCGGUUGGAUACGUUACUAUAAUGCUUUCUGAACAUCCCUGGCUGAAGACGGUGCUCCUGGGGGUUAUGGGUCUGAUGGUGAUGCUCCAGCGGGAAUGA